AUGUUUACUUUAGGUGAUAUUUGGCCUUUUGAAUCACAACAAGAUUCGAUAGAAAUAUUCGAAUUACGAAAACAACAAUUACAAAAACAACAAGAAUUACAAUUACAGCAAAAUCAACAAACAUUAAUAGAAAAAGACCACCAAUUAGAACAAAAACUAAAAGAAAAGGACCAACAACAUCAACAAUUACUAAAAGAAAAAGACCAAAUAUUACAACAAUUACAACAACUACAACAACUACAUCAAAAGCAAUCGGAACAACAUCAACAGACAUUAAAAGAAAAAAACCAACAACUACAACAACUACAACAAAAGAAAUCGGAACAAUACCAAACAAUACUAAAAUAUCAAAAAUUAGACCAACAAAAUAAAAAUGAAAUAUUAAUACUACAAAAAAAAAAAAAACAUCUUGCGAAAACUUUAGACCAAGAAAGACAGAGAUGUUAUCGUUAA